AUGGAGCUGCUGUCUCCGCCGCUGCGAGACAUGGACUUGACGGGCCCCGACGGCUCUCUCUGCUCCUUUGCCACAGCUGACGACUUCUAUGACGAUCCGUGUUUCGACUCCCCAGACCUGCGCUUCUUCGAGGACCUGGACCCGCGCCUCGUUCACGUGGGCGCGCUCCUGAAGCCCGAGGAGCAUGGGCACUUCCCCGCGGCCGCGCACCCAACGCCAGGCGCGCGCGAGGAUGAGCAUGUGCGCGCGCCCAGCGGGCACCACCAGGCGGGCCGCUGCCUUCUGUGGGCCUGCAAGGCUUGCAAGCGCAAGACCACCAAUGCCGACCGCCGCAAAGCCGCCACCAUGCGGGAGCGGCGCCGACUGAGCAAAGUCAACGAGGCCUUCGAGACGCUCAAGCGCUGCACAUCUAGCAAUCCGAACCAGCGUCUGCCCAAAGUGGAGAUCCUGCGCAACGCCAUCCGCUACAUCGAGGGCCUGCAGGCGCUGCUGCGCGACCAGGACGCCACGCCCCCUGGCGCCGCCGCCACCUUCUACACACCAGGCCCCCUGCCCCCGGGUCGUGGCGGCGAGCACUACAGUGGUGACUCCGACGCGUCCAGCCCACGCUCCAACUGCUCCGAUGGCAUGAUGGACUACAGCGGCCCCCCGAGUGGCGCCCGGCGGCGGAACUGCUACGACGGUGCCUACUACGGCGAGGCGCCCUGCGAACCCAGGAAGAGUGCGGCCGUGUCGAGUCUUGACUGCCUGUCCAGCAUCGUGGAGCGCAUCUCGACCGAGAGCCCCGCCGCGCCCGCGCUGCUGCUGGCCGACGCGCCGCCGGGGUCGCCCCCGGGCCCGCAAAAAGCAGCCACCCCGAGCGGGGGUGAGCGCGGCGCCCCCACCCCAUCCCCGGACAGCACCCCGCAAGGCCCUGCGUGCGCGAACCCUAACCCGAUAUACCAGGUGCUCUGA